AAGUCGCUGAGUACCCAGUCAUGAGAAGAAGUGCCUGUUCAGUUCACUUCAGUGCAGAGGAAGACUGGUGCUGGAAAAAAAGUUAUGACAGAAACGCUGAUGUUGUGAGUCAAACAGUGUCCUGUUCGGAUUUGAAGAGGUUUUGCAUUUGUGACGGAACACGUACUCGGUUUUGGUGCUCCGACUGGACACAUUUCUGAAGAGGCUAACAUAAUCUGCGCAUUCCUGAAGUUUACUGACUGUCGAGUUGGCAACGAUGUUUCAGAUAAAGAGGAUCUGUUGCAUCGGGGCUGGGUAUGUGGGUGGCCCAACCUGUAGUGUAAUCGCUGAGAUGUGUCCAGAGAUCACUGUGACCGUUGUGGACGUCAAUGAGUCUCGAAUCAAAGCCUGGAACUCAGACACUCUGCCCAUAUAUGAGCCGGGUCUGAAGGAGGUGGUUGAAUCAUGCAGAGGGAGGAAUUUGUUUUUCUCUACAGAUAUAGACUCUGCCAUUAGGGAAGCUGAUCUCGUAUUUAUCUCUGUGAACACCCCAACUAAGACCUAUGGAAUGGGUAAAGGUCGGGCCGCUGACCUUAAGUUCAUCGAAGCAUGUGCUCGGCGGAUUGUGGAAGUGUCCGACGGAUACAAGAUUGUUACAGAGAAGAGUACAGUCCCAGUCAGAGCUGCUGAGAGCAUUAGACGGAUAUUUGAUGCUAACACGAAGCCAAGCCUCAAUCUACAAGUGCUGUCCAACCCAGAGUUCCUUGCAGAGGGAACAGCAGUGCGGGAUCUGAAGGAGCCAGACCGUGUCCUGAUUGGUGGAGAUGAGACUGCUGAGGGUCAAAGGGCAAUCAGAGCACUGUGUGCAGUGUAUGAACACUGGGUCCCCAAAGCACGGAUCAUCACCACCAACACAUGGUCCUCUGAGCUGUCCAAACUGGCAGCCAAUGCAUUCCUGGCACAGCGAAUCAGCAGCAUCAACAGUAUCAGUGCUCUGUGUGAAGCCACUGGAGCUGAUGUAGAGGAGGUGGCCAAGGCAAUCGGCAUGGACCAGAGGAUAGGCAGCAAGUUCCUCAAAGCCAGCGUCGGUUUUGGUGGAAGCUGUUUCCAGAAGGAUGUGCUGAAUCUGGUUUACUUGUGCGAGGCCCUUAACCUCCCUGAGGUAGCCUCUUACUGGCAGCAGGUGAUUGAUAUGAAUGAAUACCAAAGGCGGAGGUUUGCAUGUCGGAUCAUUGACUGCCUCUUCAACACAGUUACAGGCAAAAAGAUUGCUCUUCUUGGAUUCUCUUUCAAAAAAGACACAGGAGACACAAGAGAGUCGUCUAGUAUCUACAUCUCAAAGUAUCUGAUGGAUGAGGGAGCCAAAUUGUUCAUCUACGACCCCAAAGUUCUCAAAGAGCAGAUCAUUCAUGACCUCUCUCAGCCCAGCAUUUCAGAGGACAACCCAGAAAGAGUGUCUGAGCUGGUGACUGUGACCUCUGACCCCUAUGAAGCAUGCCAGAGUGCACAUGCAUUGGUCAUCUGCACUGAGUGGGACAUGUUCAAGGAACUGGAUUAUGAGAAGAUUUACAAGAAGAUGCUGAAGCCAGCCUUUAUAUUUGAUGGUCGUAGAGUGUUGGACCAUCUCCACCCUCACCUCCAGAACAUUGGCUUCCAGAUUGAGACCAUUGGUAAGAAAGUGACCACGGCCAGAAUCCCAUACACCCCUGCAGCUGUAAUUCCUCGCAUCAGCGCCACUGAGCCUCCCCCAAAGAAAGCCAAAGUCUAAAAGUCACUUCACCGUCGGACACACAACAUGCAACAUAUUCCUCUUUCAGCCUUAUUGCUGCUGGUCUCAUCUUUCCUUGUGCUGUAGGUACCCACCUCAUGAUCAAAACACCAGAUGGUGUCACUAAUUACACCCCUUCACAAGGACUGAGAUGCAAGGAUGAGAGGAUGAUGUUUGUUUAGCCUUCAGUCCAUAUUUGUAUGAAUGUGUUUGACACUAAUGAAGUCCAGAAAUCAAUCAUUCCACACAGGAACAGUUAAUUUUAUACAUUUCAUUCUUGGUUAUAUCAUUUCAGAUGGACAUUUCAGAUACAUACUUGCCUCUGUCCUUAAUUUCAUAAGAACUCUAUCAGUGGUAAUCAACUUUCUUACAGUAUUUACUAUAUAAUCAAGUAUUAUAAAAUUUUAUGAAAUUUUAUACUUUUAUAAAAAAAAAAAUAUUUUUUAUAAAUCAUCUCUGUGUUGUAAUCAAUGUCUUGUGUCUUAGUAGCUAUUUACAAAAAGGGCCAAUGCAAUAAAAUGUGACGUGUGUCCUGA